GUCAAGUAUACGGCAUUAGCUUUCUUCAGCUCCCACUGAAACCGAUACUUCACCUCUUUGUAGAAGUUCCUGUCCCCACUCUUGCGAGCUGCCUCCUUCUCCCGUCUGAUCUGGCUGAGUUUAGCUGUGAACCAAGUGGCCACUGACCCCUGAGGAGUGAGAAUGUGCUGGUUGUGGCGAGCGCUUGGUCUGAACUCUUCAGCUCAGGGACUGAAGGAACACAGAACAAGGCCACCUGGGGCUGAAUGGGUGAUGAAGCUGGAGAUAAAUGGCAGCAGAGGAAUGUUUUACACUCACUGCUCUGUGACUGAUACAAACGUAUCAUUCUGCAUCUCACGGUGACUUGAUGUCACUUCUUCUGUGCCUCAGUCUCGACAGAGCUCAGACCAACAAGGAAGGAUGUUGAUGGUCGUGACUGUGCUGCUGCUCCUCCACCGAGCCCGGAGUGAGAAGAAUAUGAUGUCUGAGAAGCAGACUGUGAGACCUGGUGAUGAUGUUACUUUGACUUGUGAGCGCGAGUCUGUUUUGAAUUUGUAUUGGAUCCGACUGGGACUGGACCAUUCUCUGGUUAUUUUUGCGAAACAUGGCUUCUCUGCAGAGUAUCCUCACAUUAAACUUGAGAGGGACAGGAAUUUCUCCCUCAUUCUUUCUGAAGUGAAGAAUGAAGAUUCUGCAGUUUUCAUCUGUGUGGAAGUAUAUCAGCGAAGAUGGGCUUUAUUGAAGCGCGUGGAGCUGAUGGUGGCAGAUGUGUCCAAACCAGUCCAUCCAGGAGCCUCAAGUCCUCCUCCUCGCCCAACACUGGAGGAUUUAACCUCCUGUUUUCCACCUGGAAAGUUUCCAUCUGGACCUGCUUCAGUUUACACUGAAGGGAAUCAUGAGUACGAGUGUGGAGAUGAGCGCGAGGGACAGUCCUCCAGCACAUGUGUCUACAGCUUCUUCAUGAACACCAGCCUGUCUGAGGGAGGAUUACGCUCUGUCACCUCCUGUGGAGACAGGUCGGAGGCUGGAGCUGCAGAGGCUUCAUCUAGUUUUCCAAACUGCAGGAUCAUGGCUGGUGUACUGGGCGCUGCUCUGGCCGUGAGCCUGAUGGUGACAAUCUUCCUUCUUCACUCCAUCAAGAAACUCAAGAAUGCAGCAGCUCUGCAGGCAGACGGUGUUGAACACCAGCAGGAGGACUCGGUCACUUACUCCACGGCGGUUCAGUUUAGACACCAACCUAGAGAAAAGAGAGGGAGGAACCUCAGUCCCCCGGAGCAGCAGUGCAUCUACACUUCAGUCAGAACCCACCACUGACGGAACUAUUGUCCAAGCAGACGACAAUCUUCAGACAAGCUGUCUUCACCAGAACAUACUAGUGAUGGGUGGAUGAGGUUUGAUGAAACAGUGUCCAGACUUUCAGAGGCCACCAGAUGGCACUGUCUGUCUGGACUUGAACAACUAUUUGUAUGAAACCUUACAUAUGUUUCUAAAUCAGGAGCACCAUCUAGUGACCUGAAGAAAAGACAGUGUUUCAUGCAACACUGUUUCGUGAUGCCUCAUUGAGCCAUUACUAAAAAUCAGCCACAAAUGAGUGAAAAUCACACCUCAAAGUCACCACUCAACCCGAAAACGUAUCAAAGCAACAACGUCGAAGUGAAGGAAUCGUGGUUUCGGCCCUUUGAUCAAGGGACGUACAUGGGGCGGACGGUUUGAGGUUUGGUGAGUCGUCUUGUGUUUCCAUGGCUUCAUUUGUUGGUAGGUGUGUCGAAAACAGGAAGUGGCUCAAAGUCAAACCUCCGUCGAGAGCUUUUGUUGAAACAUGUGAACAUGGUCAGUGGAAGCAAAGGGAGAGUGAAACCUCUUGCAGGAUGCUUUGCUAGGUUUACUGAGAAAAGUCACACCUCUUCUCAACAGGAUCACAACAGCCACCAUCAUCAACCACAGACUCCUGAAGUGAUGAUGUGAAAGUCAAGUAAUGAAAAAGUAAUGACCCUUUGCUGAUGAUACAUGCACACACUCCUUUGCUUUCUUACUUCCUGUUUGUUUUUGAAGCCAAAAAUGAUCCUUCUG